AUGUCCGGCGCAUCGCGGGACGCAUCCCGAGAUCGAGGCCAUGCGCAUUCCUUCUCCGAGCAUGGGAGAGUGAGCGUGCCAAUGUGGGACUCUUCAGACCCUGAGCGCGCACCUCCACCACUUCCCUUCCCGCCAGGCGCAAACAGUCCGACCACCAAGCCAAACACAUCUGCUGGUAUUGCCGCAGCUGCCAAGGCCAUCGUUGAGCGGGCUCGCGAUGGUGCACCAAUCUCUUCAUACACAUCCAACAACGCCACCCCAUCGGGAUCUCCAGAACGAUCGCUAGUCAAAGGCGCACAUCACAAGCGCUUACAGUCGCUCCAGACGGGCAGCGUCAAGGACCUGCGAAGCUACCUAGAUGGCAACCGUUCGCCAGAGAGGUCACCUGAACGACCCCAAUCGAGAGGCGGCUCGUACUUCAGCAGACAGGGCAGCGGAGAGGACAUUUCACUCUCGGCUGAGCGAUCUUCCACACCUACGCCUGCGCCAAAGGACUCGAUGAAGGAUAUGCCCAUACUUCGCCCGUCUGCUCGUGCACCGCCAAAGGCCAUCUUCAGCGAGAACACACCGCCAUCAGCGACGAUGCUUGCUCUACAGACGAUGCAAGUCCCAGAGGACUCUUUGCAUGAAAUCACAAAUGCGCCCAGUACGCCCUCACCCGUACGAGUUCACACACAGUAUGACUUCUCGAGUCAGCUAUUGAAUUUGACCACCAUCGCCACAAAUCUUCAAAAGGAGAUGUCAUCGUUGAGCCGACGGAGUAAGGACAAUGCGACAGACUUGGUCAGUCUGAAGGAGGCCACGCAUACUCGUGAUGAGGACAUUCGGAAGACUCUAAGAGAUCUGGCUACUUCAGUCGGGAGCUCACAGCAAGGUCUGCUUCCACCUCCUCCCAGCAUGAGCAAUCUGAACAGGGCGACUAGCAGUUACAGUCUUCUGGACGGCAAGUCUUUCAAUUCACCACCAUCCGCCACGAAGUCAUCUUGGAGUGUGCCCAGAGCCGCGAGUGCGCACAGCUUCCUGGAUGAUGGUCGUAUCGGAUCUCCAUCCCCAUAUUCCGUCGAAGGCGCAGCUAGCGUUGCAAUGCUCGAGAAGAUCAUUCGUGAGAUGGUAACGAAAGAAGGCCAGGAGCGACUACUUUCAACUCUAUCCGAGCUCAUGGAGAAGAGCCAGCAGGACAACACCGAGGCGGCAAAGAAGGUGGAAGAGCUGUCACAGUUCAUCAAGGAGAAAUCGCAGUCACAGGCGCUAGUACAUAUGCCGAAGGAAGGGCCUCCUAAGCUGGAGCUCAACUUUGACUCGCCUGGACACCUGAACAAAAUCACUCGAGAAGGUGCGACAGAGCAGACGACUUCUGCAGGCCACGUCGAGCUUAUGAGUCUUCUAAAGAGAAUCAAGGAGUCCGUGGCGCAUGCUGGCGGUUCGACAAACGAAGUCAAGGGCAUUGUGCGUGACCUUCGUGGUGAAGUGCUUGGUAUGGGCAGAGAGCUCGGUCGUAAGCUUGAUCAGGUCAGCGAGGCUCAACUUAACACCACUCUGGACCGAUCAAUCGACGACGGCAACAGCCAGCAGCAUAACGAAGAGGUGCAGCGUAUUGUCGAGGAGGGCAUGACUGAGCUGAAGGAGCAUCUAGCUGGGUUACUCAAGCAACGUACCGAGCAAGACGACGACAGCUUCAGACAAUUGGCAACCGCACGCGCUGCUCCUACUGGGGAGGAGAUGUUCGCUGUAGUACAGCAUGCGUUGGCAGAGCAUGGCAACCACCUCGUCAAGCGCGAUACGGACGAAGCGGUCGAUACACCGGACCAGAACCGCGAAGUUGUACUGGACGCUGUGAAGGAAGGUCUGAAGGAUUUCGAGCCCAACAUCGAGCUGCAACAAUUCGGUCUGGAGCGUGAUGAGAUUCUAGCCGUACUCAAGGAAGGCUUAGCGGAAUACCAGGACAGCAAGCCCGAGAUCACAGCCACUAUAGAUCGGGGCGAGAUCUUCGAGACCAUGCAAGAGGCUAUGAAGGACUUCCAGGCGCCCCUCCCUGCAGAGGCUUUGGAGCAGAUGAAAAGCGACAUCCUCAGCAACGUCAGUGAAAUGCUAGCACAACAUCAACCUGCAAUAUCGGCACCUCCGAUGGACGAUGAGCUUGUACGAGCUACGGUAUCUGAAGCAGUCAAAGAAGGCCUUGCAAACCAUGGACCGAAUGCGCCUCGUGAAAUUGAAAUCAGCCGUGACGACCUUUUCGAUGCCGUUAAGGCCAGCCUCGACGGUUCCGCAAUCCCAUUUGGCAGCUUCGGCGAGCAGGUCUUGCAGCAAAUGCGUGAGCUUGUGGAUAAUAUGCAUACUGAGUUCCAGCAAUACUCUGCAGCCAACGGUCGGGACACCGAGCAAGUCCUCGAUGCUGUAAAAGAUGGUCUGGAGUCUCUGCGCGCCGAGAUCGAGCAAUAUGUCGACCGUGCUCAAGAUGUCACAGGAAAGGACGAGAUCCUUGAUACUGUCAAAGGCGGUCUGGAGCAGCUUCGUGGCGAUGUGCAAGGUUAUGUUGUGGCAGGUCCGAACCACGAUGGAGGCAAGGCGGAGAUGCUGGACUAUAUUCGUAAGGAGUUCGAGCAUCUGCAUGAGGCGGUUGGUAGCAGUCGCGAUCUGGGCGACGAGAGCUCCAUUGCGCCUUCUGGCCAGCUCGCAGAGGUCAUGCAAACCAUCAAGGAUGGCAUGGACUCGCUCCGAACACAGAUCGAGGAGAAAGACCACGACAUGGAGAUCGACUUCCCAACCGACGAGAUCAACGACGCGAUGAAAUUGGAAUUCGAGCAGCUCAAAGCUAGCAUCCUCAAUGCCAAUGCAGCCGACAAGGGUGAGCUCAUCGAGACUAUCCAGGAUAGCAUGGGUGCUCUGCACUCGAAGCUUGGGGAUAGCAGUCUUGGUUCUGUGGCAGGCGGUGCACCCGGAGAAGACUUCAUCAACGAGCUACAUGCCGAAUUCGAUAUCCUCAAAGAGAGCUUGCAUGCUAUUGUCAGUGAAGCCGAGAAGGAUGCUGUGGUCGAUGGUGUCAAGCAGGCGAUCGAUGACCUGCGGAUUCAGCUUUUGGCAGAUAACAGCGAGACUUCUGCUGAGGUACUGGGGGCGGUCAAGGAGGAGUUGGAGAGGUUCAAGGAGACAAUGGCCACCUCUGUAGUGCUAGGUGGAGCUGCUGGCGCCGGCGCUGCAGGCCUCGACCACACUGAGACACUUGAGCACAUUCGAGGCUGCCUCGAUGAUCUGAAGGAGACGACUUCAGCCCGCAGCGUAUCCGAGGGCGGCGUGCCUACCGAGCUACUCGAGUCUAUGCGAGGCGAGUUCGAGAACCUGCGCAAUUCCAUCGCCACCAGUGUGAUCCACGGUGGCAACAAUGAGGAAGUCCUAGACGCCGUUCGUCUUGGCUUGGACGAUCUCCGAGGCCAUGUUGAGCGCAAGCUCGAUAGCCCUGACCGCAACCAAGUGCAACAGGGCGAAAUGCUGGACGCCAUGAGCGAAGGUCUUGACACCCUGCGCGCUGAUGUGAUCAAGACACUGGACAAGCCAUUGGAUCAAACUGUCAACUACGAGAUCCUGGAUACACUCAAGGAAGGCCUUGCAGGUCUGCGUGCCGACAUGGACUCCUUGAAAGCGGCUAGGCCCAGGACUGCAGGUGGCGCAACUGGAGACGAGAUGGUGUUGGCUGAUCCCAAUAUCGCUGAAGCUGGGGAGACACGCGAGGUUGUUGACGAGGCUGUUGCAGCUGCGACUACGACCGGUGGAGUCAACAAUAACGAUCUGGAGAGAAUGGAGGUCCUGCUUGCACAGCUGCAGAUCAAGAUCGAAGCUAUGGAAUCCACAAUCCAAGAGUUGCCGAUGUCUGCCCCUACUGCAAUGAUGCCAGAGGGUAUGGCAAUGCGAGAUGACCUCGCGACUAUCGAGACCAUGAUCAAGGAUGUGCAAGAGAAUGUUAUCUCGCUCGCAGCGCGUGAGUCUUCAGCAGAAGCCGCUCCAGAGGGUGUAGCUCGCAAGGAAGACACGGAUGCCAUUGAGACGCUACUCCGCAACACGAAGGCGCAGAUCGAAGAGAUCGCCUUGCCUGAUCCAGCGACAAUGGUCUCAAAGGAGCAUUUGGAUGCGGUCGAAGCUGUGGUACGUGUCACAAACGAGGCCAUCGAGGGACUGGCAGACAAGUUCGAGAACACAACCGCAAGCAAAGCCGAUGUCGCCGUAGUAGAAGUCCUUGCGCAAGAUGUCAAGAUGGCUUUGGAGGAGCUGAAGGAGAGGAUGCCUGCGGUCGAAUCGGACGAAGAGAAGCCGGAGCUGAUGACCAAAGCCGAUCUGGAUGUUCUGGGUGUUAUCUGCACCGAGAUCAAGACUCGCGUUCACGAGAUGACCAUGCCCGAUCCUGAGGAUCUGCCUACCAAGUCGGAUGUCGAGCAGCUGCAAGGUUUGAUCAUCGACUUCCGUGACAGUCAUGAUAAGCUCAAGGAGAGCUACGAGACGGACAUUGCAGUCACAGCCAAGGCGUUCGACGAUCGGAAGCAGGAGUUUGAGAACACGGUCCUCGAGAUCGGUAGUAUCAAAGAUAGUCUGGCAGAGAUCAAGGACGAACUUUUGAUCAAGCUUGGUGAUGGCGAGUCAGGCAUCAAUACUCUUGGCGAAACGCUCAAAGGUCUUGAAGAGCGUUCUGGAAAUCAUGAGCCAGUCAUCGCUGAGGUGAAGGAGGUUAUGGAGGCGUUGAACCGAGAGUUCGAGCGUGCUCAUGGCUCUCUCGAGUCAAUGAAGGUCGAUCAUCAGGCUUCAGCGGAGACCAGUCUCGAGAAGCAAGCUGAGCACAAGGACUUGCUAGUUGCCGAGCUCGGUGAGAAGCUGGACGGUCUCUUCGAUGGACUGAUGAGUAAAUACGAUGACGCUCAACGUGCAGCGGAAGAGAAGGUCAAGACGCUGGAGGACCAAGCUGCUUCCCAGGCUGAGCUCUUGGAAGGCACCAAGUCUAUGGCAGAUGACUUGAGAUUAUCCAUCGAUACACUCGGCACCGCGCUCACGACAUUUACUGCGACUUUCCCGGAGCAAAUCGAGAAGUUGACAGAGGAGUCGAAGACUGUGUUCAACAAGGUUGAUGACACCUUCAACAAGCUAGAUGAGACGCAGCUGGGCCUGAUGAACGAGCACAACUUGACACGCGAGGAGGUCAUCAAAGUCAUGGCUGCUGUUGGUGGCGUACACGGCGAGAUGAUCGAGCACAACCCACGCUUCCUCAUGACCCUCAACGAAGUCAAGGCACUGAUCGGGCAGCACUACGAGCACUCGCAGAAGGCUGUCGACACUGCUGAGCAGCAUCAUCAAGCUGUUCGUGACUUACAGGAGCAGCUGAAGUCCGGUUUUGAGGAUGCGAAGACAAGGCAUGCUUCAGCUACCGAAGACCUCAAGACGGCCCUUCCUGCUCUCCUGCCUGCUCCUACCGAUGUGCCAGCCGCGGCGCGAGAAGUGGAAACGUACGACGACACUAUGCUGCACGAGAAGCUAGACAAGCUUAUGGGACAUGCUGAGUCUGCUGCGGAUCCUUCCACCCAGCUCGAGCGUCUGGAUCAGAUCCACGAGAAGGUCAUGGCUACUGCCGCUGAGGUUUCUGCUUUCGUCGCUUCGCAGGCGAAGCAGAUCACCGAAGACCACGAGAGCAAGGAGAGAGAAGCUGAGGAACUUGCUCUCCUGCUUGAGCGUCGCCAAGUGCAGAAAGAUGAGAUCGAAGCUGACAUUACUGUUCUGAACGAGGAGAAGGAUUCGCUGCGCCAAGCUGUCGAUGCUUUGAGGGCGGAGCAGGAGGCUUUGGCUUCUCAGAAGUCGAGACUCAAUGCCAAUGUAUCUUCAUUGGAGACCGCACUCCGCAUCCGACGCGAGGAGCUGCACGAGAUGGAUCGCAAGGCUGGGAUCAUCGAGCGCCGCAUGCUUGAGGGCGUGAUGAAUCAGUCUCGAAUGCUUCUCAUGGCGAAGAGCGCGAAGUCGCCACCCAAGAAGAAGCCACAAGGCCGUGAUCUGCGUGCUCCAAGCAACGCCUCGGCCGUUUCAGCUCAGACAGUCACCUCGACCGUACCAUCGCUCAAACCCAACCACGCUCUGGCACUCAGGUCUCGACCUGGUAUGCAGCGCAAUGGUCCCGCUUCCAAUACAGCAGAGCGCCGCAUCAUGUCGCUCAACCAGAUCAACCACAAUGUUCCUACAGGUGCUCAUGCCUUCCCCUCAACAACACCCUCUCUGAUCUCCUCCAACGGCUCGCAACGUCUCCAGCGCAGUCACUCGGUCAAGACGCAGGCGACUGCCGCCCCUCGCAAAUCGUCCUGGGCCGGUGGCAAGAGGAAUUUUAGUAUAGCCAGCCACGGUACCCAGAAUAAGGAGAACGAGACCUUGUCCGAGGAGAGCGAAGACGAAUUGGCGAGAAGCGAAUAUACUCGUGCUGGCGAGGAGCAGGGCAGUGAUACUGCUACGGAGCGCAGGCACAGCUUUCGCAGUGGAACCGAGGGUCGCUUGACUUAUGGUGGCGAAGGCAGCUUUGUCGAUGAUGGCAUCACACCCAGCACCGACGAUGGUCGUCGCACAAGUUAUGGUACCAGUGAUCUUUCCUACGGCACUGGAAGCUACAUGACAGGCUCCGAACUCGACCGCCGCGAUAGCCUCGCAAGCUCAGCUAACGGCGUGGUCGGUAUGCAUCAGCCACGAGAGCACGAGGAGGAUGCGGCUCUUGGUGCGGAGGAGGGAGGCGAGGCGGCACCUUUGCGGAUCGAGGCUCCGGCUGCGAUUACGAUGGAGCACGAGGAUGAAAUCAAGCGCCGAUUCGCUCCGCCCAGUGAUAGUGGACUUGGGACGGACUUGCCGACGGCGAAUCUGACAGAUAGUGAAUACUUCCGAGGUGUGGAGAGUAUUGCAGAGUAG